CGGGCGUCUCAUUCAAAGACUAAAUAGUAUUCGUCGGACGUAACUUCGUGGAGUUGUAUCCGUUGAUUCGUCGCUACAAGACAUUGGGUGCCAAGACUUUGAGAGUUGCCAAGUCUUUGCACGUCUCCCUCCUUUCAUGUAUCACUUCCCGUGGAAUUGUUACCAGAGGGAUAGUUCUCUUUGUUUCUUCGGCUAUUCCCCGAACCGUUAUCUGCCCGAACAGCAACCAGUUCAAUGGAUUCACCCUGCAACACGAAUAUGCCUACAAUGAAACUGGCCCUCCUGUCCUUGUUGAUGUUCUCGUGCCAUUGCAUUCGAUUCUCUGUCGUUUAUGCUGCUGAAAUGAGCACGAUUUCAGCGGGACAGAGUCUCACAGGCUCAGACACUCUAGUAUCUUCUGGUGGGGUAUUUGAGUUGGGUUUCUUUUCCCCAGGAAAGUCUUCUUAUACGUACCUCGGAAUAUGGUAUAAGGGGAUUGAGGAAAGAACCGUUGUCUGGGUGGGUAACAGAGAUCUGCCUUUCACCACCUCCGCUCCUGCUCUUGCCAUAGAUGGAGCCAAUCUCGUGAUCCGGGGUGGCAGAGUAACCUACAGGUUGAGCGAUAGUUCCGUCAGUGGCAACGUCAGCGCUACGCUGUUGGAUUCAGGAAAUUUUGUAUUGAGGGAGGAGAGCUCAGAAGUAAUAUUGUGGCAGAGUUUUGAUGAUCCUUCGGAUACUUUUCUGCCUGGAAUGAAGCUUGGAUACAGCAGAAAGACUGGAAAGGUAUGGGCGCUGACUUCGUGGAAGAACGCCACAGACCCUAGCCCUGGGGAUUUCUCCCUGAGAAUAGAUUCCGAAAGCCCGGAUGAGUUUGUUAUCCUGAAAGGUAGUGAGAAAUAUUGGACUAGUGGGCUUUGGGAUAGAGACUCACAAAUAUUUUCUUCUGUUCCUGAGAUGAGAUUAAACUAUAUAUUCAAUUACAGCUUCAUUAGCAAUCGGAACGAGAGAUAUUUCACAUAUUCGCUUUAUAGUUCGUUUGCUAACAUAAGCUCAAGGUUAGUUAUGGACCUGCAUGGACAGAUUGGACAACGCACCUGGCUGGGGACGUCAAAACAAUGGAUGCAGUUUUGGAGUCAACCGCGGGACGAAUGUGAUGUCUUCAAGUUCUGUGGUUCAUUCAGCACAUGCAACGCCAGAACUGUUCCUGCUCCUUUGUGA